AUGUCGUCGGCAGUUGGUGAGGCAUACGAUGCCUCGGGCUUGUCGCCGCGCUGCAAUAACGACACUACAGCCUCCAAAUGGUUUGAAGCUGGGCACGGCACAUCGGGUGCUUCUUUCAGCCCUUACAUGGAACAAUUUGCCCACCAUCUUUUCCCCUACGAGCUCAUCAGUCCUCAGCUCUCGGAAAAUGAUGGCGUAAUAGUCGACAGCGUGAAACAAUUUCUCAAUUGGCUUACCGCGAGCUCCAAUCCCAUGGAUACCGUGCUGGCGGGCAUAGUUCACUCCGCUCUCCCUCCAUCAACCGACUCUGACGCUCAAUUCUGCCCCAUCGAGGCGCCAUUCUUGCUUCUCCUGAAGGCCGUUGAGUACAACAAACUCCAGGACGCGAGCAUCAAGAAGCUUUACAUUGCACAAUCACAAUUAGUCGGACUUCCCCCGUCAUUGCGCGAAGACUUACCAACCCCAAGGAUUGUCAAGGAGACGGGCAAAGGCGACAUCUACAACUCAAGUAUCUGGAUGGGCGUGGAACCAACUUACACGCCACUCCACCGCGAUCCUAACCCCAACCUCUUCUGUCAGCUGCACAGCAGCAAAACAGUUCGACUUAUGCCCCCCAAGUCUGGCGAGGCACUUUACCGACAAGUACAGACUAAGCUCGGUCGAGCUGGCAACAGUCGAAUUCGUGACGCUGGCAUGAUGGAAGGCCCUGAGAGCGUCAUGAUGAAUGCUGCCGUGUGGGGGGAGGGGGGUGCUGAGGACGUUGUCGAGGCUCAGCUCGAACCAGGCGACGCGCUCCUCCAUUCCCCUGAGCUGGUCGCACAGUAUUAG